AUGAUAGCACCUUUAGGUCGACCACUCGCUUUCAUCCUGGCUAACCUCGCGUUAUAUCCCGAAUGGCAAGAUGAGCUGUACAACGAGCUCAAAGAUGUCUGUGGCGAUGAAGAGCCAAAUUACAGAAAUAUGAACCAACUUCCUCUAUGUCUCGCUUUCGCCCUCGAAUCAUUAAGACAACACGACGUUGCUCGACUGAUUUUCAAAUACGCCACUGAAGAUGUUCUCGUGCCCUACUCCACAUGGGAUAAAGACGGCUCGAAUGUUAUUCAAAGACAACAUCUUAUGAAGAAAGGAAGUUUGGUAGGAUUGGAUUUACCUGCCUGUCAGAAAAACCCAUAUCAUUGGAUUGAAACCGAUAAAUUCAUUCCCCGAAGGCAUCUAUCAGGAAAAGAGGGUGGAGGAGAGGAUGUACCGUAUUUAGGGUUCAGUCUUGGAACAAGAGCUUGUAUAGGUAAAAGGUUUGCGGAAGUCGAAAUGGUUUCUUUCAUGGCUAGGAUUAUACCUAGAUACAGAAUUAAGAUUAAGAAGGAAACAGAGGGAGAGGAAGAGAGUUGGGAACAGUCAAGAAAGAGAAUGAUAGAUACUGCUUAUGAGGAUUUGACUUUGACUCCUGGUAAAUUCGAUUUGAUCCUUGAGAACAGGGGGUGA